AUGGCCAGCCGGGCGCGGAACCGCCGUAGAGUGACCGGUACCGUGUUGUGGAAACGAUUCGCCGAAGAAGCGCCAAAAAUGCUGCGCACGUUCGUGAUAUUCUUCGCCAUUGGGGUGACCCUGGCCGUGCCUAUCCAGAACACACCCGGCGCGAGCAGUUCGGUGGAACCAACGCGACUAGCAGCAGUUUCGGUUGAUCGUAAAGCUGGUCAGGAAGCGACCGCCUCGGAAGGACCGGUAGCGAACGACUCGGAAGCAGAUCGCAACAAGCGCCACCUGGGUGGAUUCGGUGGUAUAGGCAUCGGAGUGGGCCUGAUCGGUGGUGGUGGGUUCGGUGGUGGCAUCGAUCCCUUCUACGGUGGGUACGGUGGCCCGUACGGUGGAUAUGGUGGCCAUUAUGGUGGCCACUAUGGUGGAUAUGGUGGCCACUAUGGCGAUUACUUCGGUGGUCCGUUCGGUGGCGGCUUCGGUGGAGGACCGUACGGAGGUGGCUUUGGAGGACCUUACGGUGGAUACGCAAAUGGUUACCAGUACGGAUACGGAUCCGGCUACAGCAGUGGAUUUUUCGGCUAG